AUGAAAGAAAUUGAGAAAAUAAAGGGAGUUCAACAAGUUCCAGAACUGAAAGGCGAUCAGGUGCAACAAUUGACAAAUCACCUUGAAGACACUUUUACGAUUUCUGCAAAUGAUUACAAAGAAAAAGAGUUGUCACGCGAAGUGGAUGAAAAGAAACAUCUUAUUGUAUCUGCAAGUAAGGUUUUGUUCACCCCUGAAGAAAUAAAACUUCUUAAACCAAAACCUGCAGCUGAGUUAAAAAGCCGAUCUGAGUACGUGAUGGAGCUUCUACCACAUCAUGUAUAUAGAAUCAAGUACGAGAUUGAUAGUAAAAUGUUGUCACCAUUUACAGAAUAUACAUGUUACCUUGUGUUCAAGCUUUCGAAAAAAUGUCUUGGACUGCAUUGUCCUGUGAUAGUACGAGAUAAGCUCCAUCCUAGAAACAAAGAUGCUAAAGUUAUUUAUUUUAGAACACCAGCCUUAUGGAAUCAACAUGAUGCUAUAUGGGUUCCAAAGCAGAGGAAAGACGGAUGGAUGGAGGUUGUGUUGUGGAGGUUCAACUCCAAGCGAAAGCUUGGAACGGAUAGCAUUCCUAUGAAUCUGAAACUCAUAAGUUACGAGGGAAGUAUGUUGGGGCUUAUAGUAUGUGGCUUGGAGUUUCGACCAACAUAG